UGCUCUCGCGGUACUUUGAUGUCAUACACUGAUGAUUCUGCGCAAUGCAGAAUGAUCACAGAGAGAGAGAGAGAUAGAUACAUCAGCCAUGGCUAAUAUCGCUGUGCAGAGGAUCAAGCGAGAGUUCAAAGAAGUGCUGAAAAGCGAAGAGACGAGUAAAAAUCAAAUAAAAGUAGAUCUGGUGGAUGAAAACUUCACAGAGUUAAAGGGAGAAAUAGCAGGACCUCCAGACACACCGUAUGAAGGCGGCAGAUACCAGCUAGAAAUCAAGAUUCCUGAGACAUAUCCUUUUAACCCACCUAAGGUGAGGUUUAUUACUAAGAUCUGGCAUCCCAAUAUAAGUUCAGUUACCGGAGCGAUAUGUUUGGACAUUUUAAAAGACCAGUGGGCGGCUGCUAUGACUCUGCGAACCGUUCUGCUCUCACUUCAGGCUCUUUUAGCUGCAGCAGAGCCGGAUGAUCCUCAAGACGCCGUGGUAGCCAAUCAGUACAAGCAGAAUCCAGAAAUGUUCAAACAGACGGCUCGUCUCUGGUCUCACGUGUACGCUGGUGCUCCCGUGUCCAGUCCGGAGUACACGCGCAAAAUAGACAAACUCUGUGCUAUGGGCUUUGACAAAAAUGCAGUAAUAGUAGCCUUGUCCUCGAAAUCAUGGGACGUGGAGACUGCGACAGAGCUGCUUCUAAGCAACUGAUCCUCCAGCUCUCACGUUUUCCUCAAGCCCUCCUGCUCUGUGUUCAGAAUCAAUGUUUGGGGAAGAGUCAGCACUGAAUCAUCUUCUGUCUGUCCCCCAUCACUUUCAGUUUUUUGCCUUGCUACAAUCAUUUCCCCCUCUUAAAUUUAGGCUGUCACUUACUUUUUAAAGAAACCCAACAAGCCUCUAUCACUGUCAUUUCAUGCUACAAAAGUGUGUUUUUUCUUUCUCUGUACACCAUAAAAAUGUGUUUUGGGAUAUGCUUAUUUGAAUGGGAUAUUGAGCAUAUAAAAACUAGACUCUGAGAUUAAUAAUACCCCUUCUAUUUGAUGCUCUCUUGCAAAGAACAAAUGCGAUUUAUUUUGCUCAUUUGAUUAGUUUCUUUGGGCUUUCCUUUGCACUAAUCUGUCUGUAUAGUAGCAGAUAUAGCCAGAUGACAUGGUGUUAUGUUGUGAGCGCAAAGACAGUUUCAAACUUGAAGUGUUAUAUAUAUUAAACCAUAGGAAGAUUGCCGUUUCUCACUUUUCCCUCGGGGGACGAUGUGGGAUUGGUGGUCACAAGGGUUGCAACUUGCUAAUGGACCGAUACACCUUGAGUUGCCUCGUUGUUUUUGUUUUUAGAAGAAUGCAUUGUAUUAAACAUGGAGAAACGAUUGGCUUUUUUGUGCAACAAUCAAUACAGUGAGACGCGUUCAGAUUGGCAUUGGCGCAGAAGUUUAAAAGGGUCAGAUAUAAUUUGUAUUUCCCACAUAACAAAUAUUAGAAGCAUGAAUCAAACAGUUAUUAGUCUAUGAUGAUGCUUCAGAGCAAGUACUGCCACACAAUGCUUUGUGUUUUUAUCUAGUGUUCUCUUCUUUUCUUACAUGGGUGAAUUGUUAAGUGUCUCUAUUCUUUCUUUGCUACUUGCUCUUCUUCUAUUCCUCAUGUACACACAGCAAAAGCUUUUUGAGGGGAUAAAGUGCUGCUCAUCUCUAGAAUGCACCAUUGAUGGCUGGAUUUAUAUUUUGUAUGAAAAUCAAAAAUGGAACAAAAAGACUGUCUUCCUGAUCACCUUGUUCAAUAUUGCACGAAGAAGUGAAUUCAAAACGAGUCUGUCAAAGGAGAAAUGCAGGUCAUGGGCUCUGGCUUUAGUCACUUUAGCUCCUUUACAAGUCACAACAGAAACAAAAAACCCUACCCCGAGCCGUACAAGCAUGGUUAUUUAUUGUGAAACUGUCAUGUUCUUUUCAAUUAAAAAAAGUGGAAAAAUAAAA